AAGCCCGUUUAGCAUUUGUUUUUUUUUUUUUUUUUUUUUAUAAAUUUAACUUCAUUUUUAUUGAGGUGAAAAAAGUUCUAAUCGAUAUACGCUUACAAAAAUAUAAUUGGCUUUUCUUUAAUUGAUUCAUAAACAAACAGUUGGUCUUUAAUAAGACGUUUUCAUAGGAUACGUUUAUAAAAUGGAAAAAGUAAACAAAAUUGAAAAAUUCAACAAUAAUAACGCAAGCAACAAACAAACACGUGCGCCAUCGGAAAAAUUCUACUCAAGUGUGGUUUAAACCUGAGAAAAUGUUUAUAAUUGACUUGCAUUUUGUGCAUGAGACAAUUUUUUGGACUUGACCUAAUUCUUACUAAAAAAAAAAAAGAAAAGAAAAUAUAUAUCAAAUUGAAGUUGUCGAUGAGCAAAGGGAAAUGAGAUUUUUUUUUUUUAAAUUGUAUAUUGACUUAACGUGGCUUUUAAUGCGAUAAUUGCGAAAACGUUGACUGUGGAAUAUGGGUGGCUCGGUAAGUCAAAUAUUUCGUUCGGGCUCAGCGUUGCUGUCACACCGACGAGAUGGGCAUAUAUCAAAGGCUACAGAGGAGAAAAUUCAAACUUUAUUUGAGAUUUUAAGAGCUAAUCCAAAAAUCUCUAUACAAACAUUAGAAAGUUUGCUCAUGCAAAUUCCAAAGAAUGAAAAUAUUUUAGUUAUACAUGAUGACUGCGGCUUCAAUAUAUUACAACGUAGUGUCGGCCUUAAUCACAUCGAACUUACGAAAUGGUUGCUACAACGACAUCGGCCAGAUGUUAAUCGCAGUCCUUGCUCUCUUCCGUUACAUAUAGCCUGUCUGAAAGGCUAUGAGGCCUGCGUAGAGUUAUUGCUGAAGUAUGGAGCUCGUAUAGAAUGCGAUUCACGCAUGUGUUUUCCAAGUUCCCAUUCGUCUAAUUGUGAGCUAUUCCAAUACAAUGCCAGUAAUUUUGAAGACGUUGAAUUUCCAAUGCCUCGUGAACGUUACGAUAAUUCUAAAUUGCAGAAUGCUAUAUGUUACGCCAUCGAUGGUGAUCAAAUUAACGUUUUAAACAUAUUAGUGCAAAAGAUUGAAGAUCCUUGGAUACCAUUUCGCGUUAAAAAGCCAGCGUUUCAUUUAUUACAUACGGCUUGUGAACGGGGCGCUUGGAAUUGCGUUCAGCAACUAAUUGUUACUCGUUCUGAAGAAAUCAAUCUCAUUAAAGACGAAUAUUAUCCCAUACAUCAAGCUGUAUUACAUGAUGUACGAUUUCUAGAGUUACUCAUACAACACGGAGCCAUAACCACUGUACGUACCUGUACUCAACAAUUCACUUUAUUGCAUAUGGUAAUAUUUAUUGCACGUAAGUCUGCGGAAGAUACCUUAAGCAUUUUGAGGAUAUUGCUCGAACGCGGAUGUAAAGAGCUUAUUAAUGAACCAGAUGUGCUUGGUAAUACCCCGUUGCAUUCUCUUAUAGUGCGUUACGCUUUAGAGGAAGCCAGGUAUGGUUAUGAUAAGUGGAGUAAAUGGGACGUUCUCCAUUUAGUACGAUUUCUAUUGCAAAAUGGCGCCAAAAAUUCCAUUAACCAAGCCGGCAAUAGUGCUCUGGCUUGCGUUUUUCGUCACAUACGAGAUUGGGAAGUCUGCUUUGAAUUGCUUAGCAUGCUUAUUAAAGAAGAUGGUGACCCAAACAUUGUCGGCCGUGACGGUUCAGUGCCUAUAAUGGUUCUGCUAAUACCUCUAAUUAACACAGACACUUUACACCAUUUUACUCAUUCAAUGAAGGUUUGUUUUGUUAAUUGCAUACGAAUUUUGUUACAACAUGGAGCAAACCCGAACUGUUCCUAUCAUCAGAAUCUCACGCCACUGCAUGUCUUGGUUUUCACUGUUAGCGAAAAUUUUUUGUUGACCUGUGAUACUUCAAAACGCACAAAUUAUGAUUUUAUUAAAAAUAUCUUAUAUUUGCUGCUACAGCAUGGCCUUGACUGUAAUCAAACAUAUCAGAAUAUAUUACAAGCAGUCUUGGAUAUGGUACGCAAUGUGCGUUCUUGUCAAGAUAUGCAAUGUGUUUAUGAUUUAAUUUUAACGCUUGUACAAUACGGAGCAGAUACGAAUAUAGUAUUAAGCAGCAUGACCACUGGUGGUGCAAUAUAUUCCAAUGAAAUUGCUCGUUUUGGCGAUGCCUUAGGUUUAAAUGGCUCACCUGAAAACGAUACAACAAACGAGGUGACUAGCAGUAGUAGCAAUGGUGGAGGCGGAGGUAGCAGUGCUCGUCAGACAUUGGGCGAAUCAACAUUUCGUAACUCGUUUCGCACCAAUUCUCGAUAUCUGCUCUUUUAUUAUAUUGUGCUAAUAACCAAAAAGGAUUUCAUACUCAACGAUCCCGAAUUAACGUUCACGCAUGUUAUACAUUUGUUCUUCAGUACCAUGCAACACGAUGCCUUGUACAAUUGCUUAAAAUCGUUGCAUAAUUUUUACAUGGCUCAGGUACCGAGUAAAAAAACCGAACAAUUAAUAGCAGUUAUAUCAUCAUUGUAUCGUAAGCCUCGCAACUUAAAGCAGUUAGCACGUCUUGCUAUUUAUGAGGCAGUUAAUCGAAAAUUGGCUCAAAAUAUAAAUGGAUUAAAAUUGCCAGGACCGUUAAAGGACUAUGUAUUAAAUUUUGACCGGUAACCAUAAGACGUGCAAAAGAGAUAAAGUAAUAAGCAUUAAACACUCCUUUCAAAUAUAGAUAUAUAUAUAUACAUAUAUAUACAUAUGUUUUUUUGUUUUUGUUUGCAAUUUAAGCUUAAAAACGACUAUAAAAGUACUUUAGAAUUCUUAAAAAACCAAUUAUAAAAUAAGAGGGAUAUUUUUUUCGUAACGUUUCAGUAUCAACAAAAAACAUGAAGUUAUAUCAAGUGCCAUUUUUAAUUUUUCUUAUAUUUAUUCUAUCGGUGAAACUAAUUAAUUUACUUAAUUGUAACUCAUUUGAAUUUCCCCAACCCAGCCCCUGCUGCGAUGGCUUCGCAAAUAUUGCCAAAAUGCGAAAUAAAAAAAAAAAU